AUGAAAUACCAAAUAUUUCUUUUUUUUAUUACAUUAUUAAUUGGAUAUUCAAAGGUUGAAGGAGUUAGCUAUUUACAUAUGACUCCAUAUUUGGACGAAAAUUGCACAGUUUCGAAUGGAGAAAAUGGUGUUGGAUUUGCUUUUCAAAUUGGUGAAUGCUUUGGAAUAAAUAUAAAUCAUUCGAGUAAUAAUUACAGAGUUACACUAGAUAGUACAGGUACAAAUGGAACUAUAUCAGAAUAUUCAGAUUAUGACAUUACAUGCAGCGAGCAAAAAUCAAAUCCAGAUGUAUCAUAUCAAGUUGGUGGAUGUUAUAGAGCACCAGAAUAUGCCAACAGAGAUAUCUAUGUAGCUACCAAUUACGUUCUUAUUUCAAUUGAAAAUAAUCCAUCAAUUCCACUUUAUGGAUUUAGAGAAACUACUUAUGGUGAUAGUGCUUGUGAAUCAGAUCCACAAUAUUAUUAUUAUUAUACCAAUGAUAUAGUUUUCCAUAAUGGAUUAAACGAAUACUCAAGUUGGUAUUGUGAUAAUGAUAAACCAUACGAAAAAUUGUGUGAAAACUCCAACUGUAAAACAUCGUCUGUCGGUGGUGGUUGUAUUCGUAACUUUUCAGAAUGGCAUGAAAAAAAUUAUUUCUUAAAAUCUUGUUAA